ACUGAAAAGCUAACAGACCGCCGUCGCAUAACCUAAGAACCCCGAUUGAUUUCAAUCGGCGCAGGCGGAGCAGUUCACAUCCCAUAAUCGUCGCCGCAUCCGGUCCCUCUCCAUAGCUGGAUCUCGGCCCCUUCCAAUUGCAGCCUGGUGCCCCUGCUCCGUGCAUCCAGUAGGCGCCUCAACAUCAAAUCGGCGAGCAGGAGGCAACCCAGGUCUACUUCGCCGUUGUCGCCUGCUCCUUGGGACCUCGACAACGACCUCGGACGGGCUAGAUGCUGCCGAACGCGCAGCCGCCUCCAUGCCGCCUUGGUAUCAUGCAUCUUACAAACCACCUGAAGGAGUUGGACGAGAUGACUAUCAAACUUAAGGCAGACUUCGAGGAUAUGAAAUUGAAGUUAGAGCUUGACCGUUCCAUCGCUGACAUCGGAACAAAACAAAAGCGUCAACAAAAUGACCGGUACAUAAUAUCUCAGCGAAAACUGUUGGAUGAAGGGUCUACCAUUGAGCAGAAUGACGCUGCUAUGAGUAUGCAGGUCGCACUGCGUCAGAUGCUGAUGCAAGCAUUAUGUGAUCAGCGUGCUGCCUUUGCCGAGAAGAUGAAGCAGGAACGCGACGUCUUAAAUGAAUCCUUAUCAAAGGUUCUUGAAGAAAAUGAUGCCAACAUAAAGAAAGAGCGAGCCAACGUUGACUCCAUGAUUAAGCAAGCAGGGGAACAAAUGGAUAAGGAGUUGGAUAAUGAGCGCACAAAAUUGAAGAUGUUAAUUGAGUCCUUGAUCCGAGAAGAGGAGCUCCGUGUCAAUAGGAACGCCAACAUGAAUGUAAUGGCACAAGAUGGGAUCUACAUACCACAGAAAUACAUGCAUAUAUUACUGUACAACAAGUGCCGCCCGAAUGUUGUAAUGCGAUUUAUCUUACACUCAGUGAAGGAACUUUAUUCGGAUCUGAGGGAGUACUACGACAGUCGAGAAGAAUUAGGCGAGUUUGCAUUUACAGAGUCGCCUACUACUGUUAAGUUUGUCACGAUGUUGGAGGCUUUGAAACCUUUUGGAUAUAGAGGAGGCGGACAGCUAUACUACCUCAAUCCUGCUCCUGGGAGUCAGCCAUCAACUGGGUUAGUACAGAUGGACGGGUUAGUACAGAUUGACGGACAAGAAGAGGUAGAUCAAUUGAUGCUUGCUCAUGAAAAAGAGAGGAUUAAAACUUGUCAUCUAUACCUAGUGACAGGAUCUAACGACGAUUUCCACGCUGGCAUGUCGGACAUGGAAACAGACUACUAUGAGGAAUAAGAACAAGGAUACUAGAUGAAGAAGAUGAAGGCAACAGUCCCGUGUCGUGAAGAAACAUGCUCUCCAUAUGCUGAGGAAGAAGAACAAGGCGACAGUCCCUCUGCGCUUCAUUAUUUUUAGGUUGCAUUAUGUUUCAGUUUGAAGUUAGAUUAAGUGUGUCACAUCUUUUAAAAAAGUUAGGUUUGAAGUCUGAUUAUAUUAUUUUAAGAUGCAUGUAUUACAACUCUGCAUGUGUUGCAAUCUUGCGGAAGCUAAUGAGCUAUGCAAUGCUACAGCUUGGUGUUAUUGUGUCAUGGUUAUGUGUUGGUCAUGGUUAUGUGUUGCUUGGUAGCUGGCAGAAUCACCAUGAGUUACAUUUUCAGAUCAAGCACAUGCCGUGA